UACAGGCUGCGGGGCCCACUGUCCAUGCAAAAAUUUUAGACAUCAGUAAAGCACAGUGCUGCCUUUACAGCACGGGGGAAGUUAAACAGUGGCGACUGUUUUCUAUAGGCAUGAGCACGGACUUUAGGAACUUCAGUACAGGAUCCAAGGCAGCAAGCAGAUACAUGGACAUGUUCCAAGAGGUGUUCCAGAAGGUGGAAAAGAUUGGGGAAGGAACCUAUGGCGUGGUCUACAAAGCUAGGAACAAGCAGACGGGGCAGCUGGUAGCUCUGAAGAAAAUCCGUCUUGAUUCGGAGACCGAAGGUGUUCCAAGUACAGCAAUCAGAGAAAUCUCACUGCUCAAGGAACUUAAGCAUCCAAACAUAGUCAGGCUUCUGGAUGUACUGCACAGUCAGAAGAAGCUGUAUCUGGUCUUUGAGUACCUGAAUCAGGACUUGAAGAAGUACAUGGACUCAUCUUGGACAGGAGAGCUCCCGCUGAGUUUGGUCAAGAGCUACCUGUUCCAACUGCUGCAGGGUGUGAACUUUUGUCACUCGCACCGAGUCAUUCACAGAGACCUGAAGCCUCAGAACCUGCUUAUCAAUGAAGUUGGAGCCAUCAAGCUGGCAGAUUUUGGUCUGGCAAGAGCCUUCGGAGUUCCUUUGCGCACUUACACACAUGAGGUAGUGACCUUGUGGUACCGGGCCCCAGAGAUCUUGUUGGGAUGUAAAUACUAUUCAACUGCAGUGGACAUCUGGAGCAUUGGCUGUAUCUUUGCAGAAAUGGUCACUAGAAAAGCUUUGUUUCCGGGAGACUCCGAAAUUGACCAGCUUUUCCGGAUUUUCCACGUCCUGGGCACGCCCACCGAGGCCGCGUGGCCAGGGGUAACCCAGCUUCCUGACUAUAAAAGGGACUUUCCCAUAUGGACCAGGAGAGAGAUGAAGGAAAUUGUUCCCAAUCUGGACCGGGAUGGAAGAGACCUGUUGGCGCAAUUGCUCCUUUAUGACCCCAGCAGGCGCAUUUCAGCCAAAGCAGCCCUGAAUCACCAGUACUUCUUUCAGCAAAGCCCUCACAACAUCAAAGACCAAUGUGGGCUGCAGAGACGCUACAGAUAGAUGCAUAGGUGUGUAGAAAGCAUUGCAUCCUAACGCAGAGCUCUUUGUGUCAGUACAUUUGCCCUCUUUGGUGACUUAGCAGGGAAAGUGCCUAAAUUUAAACUGCCUGCGUUUUACAAAAACCCAAAGGGAGAGGUAGUUCUUGUUUUUGGAUGCUCUCAGCCUGUUGCUGAGCAAUGUUGGUCUAAGUUAUGUUAGUUCAUCUUUGUGAGGUAGUUACUUGUGAUGGGGACAGAUCUGAUGGCACCAUCCUUGGGAAAACAGGAGACUCACAAUAGAGACUAGCUUUGAGAUGCUUGUCCCCCUUGGCCAGCAAUGCCCAGUGCAGUGUAGAUUCUCUCUCCAGCACCUGUUUACUGCCCACUCACUACUGUGGUUUGGAUAUUGCAAAGAGAUUUGUUGGCUUAGCUUCCAAACAUCAGGAAGUCUCUGACCUCAGUUCAGGGCAAGUGGUCCAUGCACACCACCAUUUACCGCUAUUAAUAAGGAUGGGCUUCAUUAGUAUUGAUCAGUCGCUGGGUUUAAGUUGUUAGGAGUUUUAAUUCCUUGUUAAAAUAAUCUAGAAUGACCUUCCACUUGCUAAAAGGGGUAGUCAAAAGCAUUUGAAGAGUAGGAAAAGUCAAGUAAUGCAGUUUUGGAGAAUCCUCAUUUUCCUCUUGCUGUUGCAAGAUGUUCCAUAUGAAACACCACUGUUUGGCUUUGAAAAGUUCUCACCAUUCUCCUUUCAGAAGAGAUUUAUUGUUAACUUUGGAUGCAGUUCUGGGAAUUCCCUUCUGCAUUCGAAAAAAUAAAAACUUGGGAUUGUUCAGAAAUGUUAUUGAAUGUUUCAUUGACUCUGUUGGGUUAGUUGCUCACAUGGGCCAAGGAAAAAGAAGCCAAAGUUGGUCAGGUCCUGUAUAUACUGUCACCUUCUCCAGUCACUCUUCUUUCCCCUCCCCAACCCCUUUGUGUUGGUAACUGCUGCAGUGUCAUCCAUAUUGUGUUGUACAAUGACAGGAAGAGGCUACCUAAAGAUCCUUCCGCAGGACAAGCAGUUCAGCUGCAGGAAGGAACUAGGUUUCUUUGCAAUGAAAACUAGUAUAAGCCAAUGAAGAUUGAAAUCUGAUUUACUGAGACACACUGGAGACAGAUGAUUUCUUUGCUCCGUAGUUUGCUCUUUCCCCUUAUGAAGGGGACCAGAGAAGCUCCAAUGAACAAAUUCAGCAGCAAAAGUCUUUCUGUAAUUUCCCUCUAUUGCAACAUUUUUCUGACUUACAACAGAUGCCUGGACUGCAGUGAUACACCAGGAGGAGCUAUUAGCCAUCUUUCUCCAGUGAAAAACAACACUGAACAACUGACCUUUUCCACAUAGCCACCCAUAAUUCUUGUAGUUACAGUGGGAAUUUAAAAGCCAGUGGGGAUGCCUAAGCCUUCUCAUUUCCAAAACUAGAUUUUUAAAAAAAGCAUUAUUGUUAGAGAACGUCAAGGAAGCACCUGCCAACAUUUCAGGAUUAUACAUUUCAGUCUAUUCUUUGUUAACAAGAGGGUGAUGGCCAAGUAUUUCCUGCAGCUCUCAAAACCCUGCAGCUAAGCUUGUGUUACAUAGUUGGGAUUUUGCUAUAUUUCAGUGACAUCUCCUCUAUAUACUACCAGCUUUUUGAGGCACAAUGCUCAGUAGAUAGGGAUGAAUUGUAGCAAAAGGAUUCUUUGUAACCAGGACGUCAAGUUUUGAGCUCUGUUUGUUUGGACAGUGCUCCGUCUGCUUUCCACGGACAUUUGAACAAUCAAGUUUUCCUGGUAAAAAUUAUUUCUUUGAACAUUUUAAAUAUGUCCACAGUCAUGCAGUCCAGAAGCAGAAACAAUACCACUGAGAGUCAUCUGGCCAGUCAUAAUCAAGCAAUGCAGCUUGACAGUCAAACACUUUCAAGUAGUCCCCCUGAUAGACAGGGUGAUUGGCAGGUUACUCUGAGUGGGGAACCUGAGAAGCUGUUGUCAUGCCCAAAGGGGGUUUCAGGAUCAAGAAGAUCUGAAUUUUCCAAAUUAGCCAUUCUUUCUUGGGGCAGUUUACACAUAGUUUCCAAGUCUUUAGCUGCAGGGAACUUGUGACCCCACAGAAACAUCUGAAGUGCUAGUGUGAGGCUGCUGCUUUUACUCUGGUUCCACAAGCUGUCUGCUGCUGAUUGGGAAUGCCUGGGGUCAAGAGAGGCCUGCUAAUAAUGAGCUUCAAACCUACCCUGGCAAAGGGGACUGAAAACAGCGUCAGUCAGCUUCAGCACACUGCCUCUUUGUGACCAAACAAGUCAAGUCCCAUGACUUCCAUCCCUAAACCCCUAUACACAGCAAUUAAUUAAGGAUUUACUACCUAAUUAACAAAGCUUGCAUUCACUUAAUUUCACAGCGUUCCCCAAUCCUACUUAAUCAACCUUCAUGGAAAGAAUAAUUGUGCGACACCCACGUUGCUUUAAAAUAAAUACCAGUUGAGGCAUGCUCCAUCAACAAGCCACUGUAGGACCAGGGUAGAGGUGACGAGAACAGGAGUUUUUAGCUCCCUUCCCAUAGAUGAGCUGAAAGAAAGGCUGAAGGUAAACUCACCCGGCCAGGACUGUUGAGAGAUGAUGGAGCAACUGCAGUGUCCUUGGAG